GGAACCGCGACAGAGCAGGGCAGACCGACUUGUAGCUGAUACGAUGUGGGCUGUAGGAUCGCUCGGUGGAGAGUCUCAUUACACCCCAUCACCAGAAUUUGAGAUCGGGGAGUAUGUGGAUUUUAAGGAGGAAGAAGAUGGUCAGAAAGUGCGCGCACAGGUGAUUCGUUAUAGAUUCACCUCUACGGGUUAUGUCGCAAGUAUGGGAUAUAUUGUCAAACUCUCUAACGGAAAGGUGAUCGAAGCUGAACGAGAACAGCUAAGUGGCCCUGAUCUUCAUGACAUGGAGACUUCGGAUAGUAGAAAAAGGCGGGUGAUCAGUAGCACAUGAAGUCAUGCGCUGAAUUUUGCUUCAAUUGCUUCCUUACAGAGCGACCUUAACAGAUGAAAAAUAUCCAUCCCGUUCCAAGCUGUCCCAGUGACUAUAAGGAUCUCGAAUACGGGU